AGUGUUUUCUGUUCAGCAGGAAAACAUCCAGUUCGACCUGAACGACGAGGUGAAGGUGAGUCAGCUGCAAGAAGCUUUUCCAGAAAGAGAAGUGUGUGAGCGAUGAAGAGGGGGAGGUGAGGAAGAGGGAGAGAAACGUCCAGACCUGAGAGGUUCUCUCAGUCAGAGGCAGCAGCUCGCCGAAGGUUUCCUGCUCCAGAGGUGAUCACGUUACGCGUGGCUCGUCCUGAAUGAAGCUCAGAUAGAUGAGGAACGAUGGAGACGUUCUCCUGCCGCUGGAUUCUCCUGACUGGAAGCUUUUAUUUGCUGGUUCUCUGUCAACAUGAGACUCAGAGCAACUUCACCUUCAGGAACUCAUCAUCACCUCAACCCCACAGAGACCAAGAGGAGCAUCUCCAGAAAACCUGGGGCCUUCAGUCCAGGACUGCCGUCCAGAACUCCCAAGUCCUCAACAAUCCCUCGGUUCCUCUAUCGAAGCAGAAGCUUUGGGAAAUCCUCAAGUCCAACUCCAACCCAUCGGUUAAAAUUAAGCUCCAGCCCAUCAUGAAAGUUCAAGGACUCUCCAAACUAUCGAGGUUGUUCAGCUGGGGCGACUUUUACUCCAACAUCAAAACCGUAAAGCUGAAUUUGCUGAUAAUGGGGAAGAUUGUAGAUCACGGCAACGGCUCUCUCGGCGUCUACUUCCGUCACAACUCCACGGGUGUUGGCAACGUGUCGGUCAGCCUGGUCCCGCCCAGGAAGGAGGUGGAGUUCGACCUGGAGCGCCAGAGCGUGGUCCACCCCAAGGAGUCGAAGACGUUCAACUGCAGGGUGGACUACGAGAAAACCGAACGCAGCAAGAAGGUGAUGCUGUGCAACUACGACCCGUCGAAGACGUGCGACCAAGAGCAAACCCAGAGCCACAUCACCUGGAUGUGCUCCAAACCUUUCCAGGUCAUCUGCGUCUACAUGUCGUUCUACAGCACGGACUACCGGCUGGUCCAGAAAGUCUGUCCAGACUACAGCUCCCAGAUCCCCCCCUACCUGCCCACAGGGUAAACAUGGGGCCAGGUGAGGAGGAUGAAGGGAAGAUGCAGUUUGAGACUUUCAAAACUUUGUCCUAAAAUAUAUGGAAUGCUGUUUGUACCGUAAGUGAGUCAAAUAUUUACAGCAAUAAUUUGGAUUAUUUAGCCUUUUAUAAGCGGGAAAAAUAGGGUUCAUUUUCAUAUUCACACCAAAUUAUUCAUUCACUUAUAAAUGUUCCAGUUUCAAAUUAAAUAUUUAUUUAACAAGUUGAAUAUUUAGUUUACUAACAAGAAAUUUAGCCCCAAACUAAAGAUUUAGCUUGCUAACAUUUUAAUAUUUUGUUUGGAACAAAAUCUUAAAUCCUAAAUAUAAAUUAAAUAUAUAGCUUGCAAGUUAAAUAUUUARCUAAAUAGUUUGUAAACUACAUAUUUAGCAUGCCAACUUGCUAAAAUUUUGUUUGCCAACUUGUUAUAUGUAGUUUUGAGCUAACUAUAUAGCUUGGGAGCUAAAUAUUUAGCUAGCUAACGUACGAGUACUUAGUUUUGAGCUAAAUAUUUAGAUCCAAAUUAAAUAUUUAGCUAAACUAAACAGUUUGUGAAGAACAUAUUUAGCUUGUUAACUUGCUAAUAUUUAGCUCGGAGAAAAUAUUUCACUGGUAAGCUAAAUACUUAGCUUACUAGCUUAGUAGUAAGCUAAAUAAUUAGUACAUUUUAGUAAGCUAAAAGUUGGCAAUAUUGAGAGAUGUGAACAUUACUGAAUAUUUAGCUUACCAACUAAAUUGAGCUAAAUAUUUAGGUUAAUGCUAAAUAUUUAGCUUGCUAGCUGAGCUUAGUUUGGAUCUGUAAACUUUAUAAAUGAAUGAACAUGGUGAAAAUGUGACUUUGAGAAAUUAAUAUAAUUCCCUCUUAUGACAAACUAAAUGUAAACUUUUUGCUUUUAACUUUGAUUUUGAGAACAUGCUUUAUUAAACAUAGUAAAAUAUAUGUUUAGGUGAUGUCUCCUGUUUGUAUUAUUUUUCAAUAAUGUAUCAAAAAUGGUCAAACUGGAAGGAACCAGAAUGAUCCGGAGUUGAAGAUGUACAAAUAUAACCUUCAUAAUAACGCUUUUUUUUUUUUCAAACUUUUGCAGUUUAAGUUGUCUGGUGACAGAUAUUUUUUGGAAUAAUUUGUCUUUUUUGUGAUUUUAAAAUAAAUUUCUACCAUCUGCUCAUAGUGUACAAUAAGAAAAUGUUGUAUAAUUCUCUGGAGUCAUAUUUGCAAUCAGAGUUAUUGUGGUUUUAAUUAAGAGUUCAUAAUGUCUGAUUCAAACGGAAACCAUAAAUCAACACACAUUCAGUGCACAUAAACCUUAAAUGUCAAAGAUAACCAGAGCAAAAAGCUGUUUUUUAACACUGAUUUCAU